AUGUCGGACGAUAGCUCAGUAGAGCGUCGCCAAGAGGAGGCUCGUAUGAAGGAGCUUCUGAAUUUAGCCAUGGAAGAAGACGAUUCGAACGACAACGAUGAUGUUGAAGCGAUGCCGGAUAUUGCAAAUGACA